AUGACAAGGCGCUUCGACGUGUUGGAGAAUUGCCGGGCAACAACACCCUCUUCUGGAGCGACAAACACCGCGACGACGACCGCGCAGCAGUGCUACAUCCACCCGGUCGUUCUGUUCUCAAUCCUCGACCAUUUCCUGCGGCGCAAUGACAACCAGGAGCGCGUAAUCGGCACACUUCUGGGCGUGCGCAGCGACGACGGCCGCAUUGUCGAGAUCCGCAGCAGCUUUGCGGUGCCGCACUUUGAGACCGAAGACCAGGUCGAGGUCGACAUGGAGCACCACCGCACUAUGUAUACCCUGCACAAGAAGGCGAGCGCGCGCGAGCAGAUUGUUGGCUGGUACGCGACCGGCUCGUCCCUGAGCAAGUAUGCUGCGCUGAUCCAGGACUUCUACUCGCGCGAGGCCGCCCCCUUCUCGGCCGUGCACCUUGUCAUGGACACCGAUCUGGUGCCUGCUGUCGGCGCCGCUGCCCACCCCGAGAACUGCGUGUUCCUGCCCUUGCCCUACGAGCUGCAGUACCCGGAUGCCGAGCUCAGCGCCCUGCAGACCGCCGCCGACAGCAGCGAGCUGGGCGUCACUGGCCUCGUUUCCGAUAUGGAGCAGCUGGAGAAGACCAUUGAGGAGCUGCACGCUAUGCUUGACCGUGUUACCAAGUAUGUCACCAACGUUGUUGACGGUAAGGAGAAGCCGAACAACAUUGUUGGCAAGUCGAUCGACAAGCAGUUCGCAGUCCUGUUCCAGUCCCACCUCCAGGACAUCCUCAUGGUUGCCUACUUGACCAACCUGACUCGCGCCCAGCUCAACAUUGCCGACCGGCUCCAGCGCAUUCUCUAA